AUGGACUCGCCGUGCAAUUGUAACAAGGCUGCGCCUUGGAAAAUCGUUGUAACGUUACUUGUGUCGAUCACAACGGUCCUGGUUACAUUUCCCUCGGAUACAACGGGCUCUGAUGUCAGCCAGUGGUACCAAGACCUCUGCAGUUACAAAUGGGAGGCUAUAGACCGGGACAGCAAAGUGAAAUACACACUGAAGCUCUGUGAUUCCUCACCUAACACAGGAUGUGGAGCCGGUAGUGCUGUCUGUGCCCGCAACCUCACCAGUCAAAAGAAUCAGUCAGUGGGUGAACUGUCCUUGAAGAAGGCGACUGAGAGCAGCGUGAUAGAUUUCAACAGCACUGAGAAGUGCCCAGGCAGUAGUGGGACUAAUGUCCAGAGCAGCAUCAGUUUCCAGUGUGGGAAGACUAUGGGAACACCAGAGUUUGUAACUGUGGCCCAGUGUGUUCAUUACUUUGAAUGGAGAACAUAUGCAGCCUGCAAAAAGAAUAAAUACAAGCCUGAUAAAGAGCAUGAUCUGAACCCACUCAUCAAACUCACAGAUGGUUACCUGGUGGAUGACUCCGAUGAUGAAGUUGACUUUUAUAUUAACAUAUGCAGAAGCCUAAACCGUCCAGAGAGCCACUGCCCCGCGGGCUCUGCUGCCUGCCUGACCACCAGCAAGGGCUCCUUCAGCAUGGGCCUACCCACUACCCAGCUAGAGCUGGCCUCCAGUGACAGAUUGGAGCUGCGAUACGAGGAAGCCUCGGACAGCACGCCGGACUUCUGCAGCGGCCACACCCCUGCUGUCACCAUCACCUUCAUCUGCCCCUCACGCAGGCAGGAGGGUACUGACCCCAAGAUGACAGCCAAGUCCAACUGCAGGUAUGAGGUAGAGUGGGUGACGGAGUAUGCUUGCCACAGAGACUACCUAGAGAGUCACAACUGCACCCUGACCAGCAAGCAGCACGACAUCAACAUAGACCUCACCCACCUCACUCUUGGCUCUACAGACGACCCCUAUAUGGCUGAGGCCAAGAGCAGCGAUGGGAAGGACAACUAUUUCUACUACCUGAAUGUGUGCGGGGAAAUCAAGGCAGGAGAGUGCGGUGGCGACCCGCACUAUGUGUCCGCUUGCCAAGUCAAAGCAACGGGAGAUCAAAGCAAAAAGAUAGCUGGGAGAUACCACAAUCAAACACUAAGGUACUCCGAUGGCGACCUGACACUGAUCUAUCCAGAUGGGAGCAGGUGCAGCUCUGGCUUUCAGCGCAUGACCAUCAUCAACUUUGAGUGCAACAAAACAGCAGGAAACGACGGCAGAGGCUCGCCUGUGUUCGCUGGUGAAACAGACUGCACCUAUUACUUUGACUGGCAGACGGCUUCCGCCUGUGUCAAGGAGGAGGAGGAUCUACUCUGCAGGGUCAGCCAGUAUAAACACUAUGACCUGUCCCCCUUAACACGCUACCCUGAGUCUGAGUCGGCCCAGAACUGGGAGGCUGUGGACGCCAACGCCCCCAAGUCAGCCAAAAUGCGUUUCUACGUCAACGUGUGUCACAAAGUCCUCCAGCAGGGGGCCACCAGUACAUGCCCUGAGGACGCUGCCAUCUGCGCCGUGGGAAAAGACAAAGUUAUCAGCUUGGGCAAAUUCCUCACCUCCCCGACAAAAAGAAAUGACAGCAACGACAUACGCCUGGUCUACACAGAGGGAGAUGAAUGCAGGAAGAACAUGAAAAUGAAGAGCAUCGUGAUUCUGAAAUGCAAGCCAGGUGAUCUAGAGAGUGCCCCCAUCAUGCGAAGCGUGUCCAGUGAUGGCUGUGUGUAUGAGUUUGAGUGGUACACGGCUGCAGCCUGUGUCAUGUCCAGGACAGUGGGGGACAACUGCAAGGUGGAAGACCCCCAAGCUGGAUUCUCAUUUGACCUGUCCCCCUUGUCUAAACCUGGAGGAGGCUUUUACAAUAUGUCCAAUGGAGAUUAUGACUACUUCAUUAACGUCUGUGGCUCUGUCACUGCAGCCAAAUGCCCUCUGAAAGCCGGGGCCUGUCAGGUGGACCAGAGUGGCUCUAACUCAUGGAGCCUGGGGGCGUUUAACUCUCAGCUGUCCUACUAUGACGGGAUGAUCAAGCUGUCCUACAGCAACGGCUCUCGGUACAACAACGUGCAGCACACACUGCGCUCCACCAUGAUCUCAUUCCUCUGUGACCGAGAGGCCGGCGCCGGCAAGCCUGAGUUUCAGGCCGAGGACAAUUACACCUAUAACUUCAGGUGGUAUACGUCCUACGCCUGUCCAGAGCGGCCACAUGAGUGUGUGGUGACAGACCCCAACACACUGGACCAGUAUGACCUGUCCAGUCUUUCCCGGUCUAGUGGAGGGAGGAACUGGCAGGCCAUGGACCUGUCUGACCCUAACAACCUGAGGAAGUACUACAUCAACGUGUGUCGUCCUCUGAACCCCGUGCAGGGCUGUGACCGCCAAGCCUCUGUCUGCCAGAUGAAAUACCAGCCUCAGCAGGGCAUUCUGUCUGAAACAGUUUCUGUCACUAAUAUGGGCCUGGCUAAGAGAGGUCCAGCAAUCGAGGAGAAGGACCGCCUGCUGCUGGAGUACACAGACGGCUCCGAGUGCAUCUCAGACGGCCUGAAACUCACCUACACCACACGUAUCCACCUGGUCUGCUCCAGAGGAUUUGUGUCGUCCGGCCCUCGUUUCCUCAAUUAUGGGAACUGUACUGCCAACUUCAUGUGGGAGACCGGGGCAGCUUGUGCCAUCAGUACUGCUGAUGACCAGAACAUGACCUGCUCUGUGAGGGAUCCCAACACUGGCUUUGAGUUCAAUCUGCUUCCUCUGGCCUCCGAGACUGGCUACAAGGCUGAAGGCAAUGGGAAAACCUUUGUGGUGAAUAUCUGUGGCGAGGUGGCAGAGUGUGGGAAGGACCAGGGGAAGCCUGUAGCUGGCUGUGAGCUGGACAGUGGCCUGGUUGUUGGUCCUGUGGGAGUGGAGAGAUCUCUACAGUACUCUACUGACGGCCUGCUCACACUCACAUACAAAGGAGACAUGAACAAGCCUACAGGCACCAGGGACACCUUCACCAUUAGUUUUGUUUGUGACCAGGACGCCCACCUCGGCACUCUGAAACUGGUCCGAGAGGAGCUCAGCUCGUCCACACUCGUCACACACGAUGUCUUAUUUGAGUUUUACACAGCCCUGGCAUGCAUCCCUGCCCCUGUGGACUGUCGUGUCACUGAUUCCCACGGUAACGUGUAUGACCUGAGUCACCUGAGCAGGGACAGUGAAGACAGUCCCUGGGUGGCCAUCGACACGUCUGAGCAGGCCAAGAAACGCCGCUUCUUCAUCAACGUGUGUAGACCUCUGCCUCCAGUCCAGGGAUGCCCCGAUGGUCUCCUGGGUGCAUGUGGCACCAUGGAUGGUAAAGGUGUAAACCUGGGCUACGUCCAGUCCAGCCCCCAGGUGGCCUCUGACGGCUCCAUCAGCAUCGUCUAUCUCAACGGGGACCGCUGUGACAAAGGCCACCACUCCACACGUAUCAUCUUCCAGUGUGACGACAACCCUGGCUCUCCUGUAUUUGACCGUCAAGACGGCUGUGAGUAUGUGUUCAUCUGGAGAACCUCCGAGGCGUGUUCUCUCACCAGUGCUCAGGGUGAAAACUGUAAAGUCAAGGACCCCAGAAGUGGCUACAUGUUUGACAUGAGUUCCCUGUCAGGGAAGGACUACAUGGUGAAGAGUGGCCAGUACCAGUACCACUUCUCUGUCUGCGGGGGGCUUAAGAGAGGGAUCUGCACACACAAAGACACAGGAAAUGACCAGGUGUCAGCCUGUCAGGUGAAAGACAGCACCCACAGAAUCGCUGGGAUGGCCUCACAGAAUCUGAGCUAUGUUGGAGAUCAGAUCGUCCUCAACUACACUGGUGGGGAGACAUGCCACAAGAUCUACCAGAGAUCCACAGAGAUCUACUUCUCCUGUCAUCCUAAAAUGAACCCUGGGGUGCCAGAGUUCAUCAAGGAGACUGCGGAGUGCACCUACCUGUUUACCUGGCGUACUGCUCUCGCCUGUAUCCCAGUCAAGACUACCAGCUGCUCCUACCAAGAUUCUAAUGGAAACUCGUACGACCUCUCCUCUCUGGCCCUGGACUCCAGAAACUGGGUGGUGGAGCCCAGCACUGGGCAGCAGGAGCGUUACUACAUCAACGUCUGCAAGUCUCUGGUGCAACAGGGGGGCUCCUGGAAGUGUCCGUCCAACGCAGCGUCCUGUCUGAAGAGCGGGGAGCACUAUGUGAGUCUGGGAGAGGCCGAGUCGGCGCCACAGUGGGACCAGAACAUCCUGGUACUCAAGUACACCAACGGAGAGAUGUGUCCUGGUGGACAGAGGAAUAAGAGUACCAUUGUACGCUUCAAAUGUGACCGGGACAAAGUGGACUCAAGGCCUACACUGAUAACGGCCAUAGAGGAGUGUGUCUACACCUUUGUGUGGUUCACUGCAGCCGCCUGCCCCCUCAACAGCAGCCAGCAUGGAGACUGCAGAGUCACCAAUCCAGUCACCGGCCACCUCUUUGACCUGAACGAACUAAGCCAGGAGGGAGGCUACACUUUGUACGACAACCUGCACCCUAGGAAGAUGUUCCGGCUCAACGUGUGUGGGGAAGUAGCCAACGCAGGCUGUGAACCAGACACAGGUGUGUGUAUCAAGGAGACCAAGAGUGCUCUGAGUGGCGGGCGGGCCAACAGGAAGCUGUCAUACCUGGACCAGGUGGUGGAACUGACCUAUGAGGGCGGGGCUGUGUGUGCCGCCAACCCCGCCCUCACACACAAGAGCAUCAUCAGCUUUGUGUGCAAGGCCCACGGUGAGGCCAGCACGGGGCCGGUACUGGUGGACUCGGACAAGAACACGUGCACACACUUCUUCUCCUGGCACACGCCCUUGGUGUGUGAACACCAGGUCAAGUGUUCAGUCCUGAACGGCUCUACCCUAAUCGACCUAACCCCUCUGAUCCACGUGACGGGCAACUACACAGCCACCAACGAGGACCUGGUGGACAAGGACCAGUCCCCUGACUUCUACAUCAACAUCUGCCAGCCCCUAAACCCCAUCCCUGGGGUCACAUGUCCCCCAGGGGCCGCUGUCUGCAUGGACCCUGAACAAGGGCCCCCCAUAGACAUUGGUCGAAUCACCUCCGGCCCGGAGUUCAACAGCGUGACCAAUGAGGUGUCAAUCACCUUCAACAGCACCACGGCCUGCCCCUCUGACCCCACCCAGAACUACACCUCCACCAUCAUUUUCACCUGCCAGAGGGGCCUGGAGCUGGGCUCGCCCCAGAUGAUCAGGAAGCACAAGUGUAUGUAUGUGUUUGAGUGGGCCACUCCCGUGGUCUGUUCUGACGCCACGCAGACCAAAGGCUGCACCCUGACAGACUCACAGCUGCAGUUCACCUUUGACCUCUCACCCCUCUCUGGGGAGAUUCAGGUGCCUGUCGGCUCAAAGACCUAUAAGAUCAAUGUGUGUGGGGAGGUGGCAGACCCCAGCUGUAAGCACAGUGCAGUGUGUGUGCAGUCGCCGGGCGGAUCAGCGUUCUCCUAUGGCAUCAGCCAGGCCAUGACUAUGGACUACAAACACGAGGAGCAGGCUGUCAUCAUGCAGUACGGAGGAGGAGACGUCUGCCCUCCAGUGACUGAGAAUGAGGUUUGCGUCUUUCCCUUCAACUUCCUGAAGAAGUCGUAUACGGUGUGUACAACCGAGGGCAUGACGGACGGGAGACGAUGGUGUGCCACCACCAGUGACUUUGACAAGGACAAGAAAUGGGGAUUCUGCGUUCACGUGACAGGGAAGAGGCAGUCGUCCAUCCUGUUCACAUGUGACCAGUCAGCCGGCCAUGGCACCCCACAGCUGCUGAGUGAGACAGAGGGCUGCGCUGCCACCUUCCAGUGGAAAACCACGGCUGUGUGCCCACCGAAGAAGAUGGAGUGUAAGCUGGUGAACCAGCACCAGACCUUCAACCUGCGCACUCUCUCCUCUCUCACCGAGCCGUGGAAGUUCAGCCACAACAAAACAGCGUACUACAUCAACCUGUGCCAGGGGAUCCAUGGGGGCCUGCCAGACUGCCCCGAGGGCGCCACGGUGUGCCGGAAGACCAGCGAUGGGAAGACCCAGACCCUGGGCCUCGUCUACACCCAGAAGAUGGCAGUCUCUGAUAAGAAGAUCCUAGUGAGCUACGCUAUGGGAGACACUGUGUGUGGGAACGGCCUCCAGGCCAAGACAGUGGUCCAGCUGACAUGUGGUCCUAAUAUAGGCCAGCCCAAGCUGCUGAGCGUGGAUGAUGCCUCGUGUGAAUUCGUGCUGGGCUGGGAGACGCGUGCGGCAUGCGCUGUUCAACAACAUGAGGUGGUGAUGGUCAAUGGAACCAUCAAAGUCCCCGAUACAGGGGCCAACUUCAGCCUGGGGGCCCUCUACCACAGGCUCUUCCAGGCCUCUGGGGACAUCCGCGCCAACGGGGACAAGUACAUCUAUGACAUCCAGCUGUCAGGCAUCACCAACAGCUCCUUCUCCAAGUGUCUGGGGGCCAACAUUUGCCAGGUGAAGAUCAAUGGAGACCACAGGAGGAAGAUCGGCUUCUCCAGCAAGGCCAAGUACUACAUCAAAGAUGGUAAUCUGGACGUGCUAGUCCCAUCUGAGUCUGUGUGUGGGCGGGACAAGUCCACGACGGUGUCGUCGGCCAUCUUGUUCCACUGUAACCCCUCAGCAGGAGAGGGCAUCCCAGAGUUCCUGUUGGAGACGGAUGGAUGCCAGUACCUCUUUACCUGGCACACCGCCACUGUUUGUGGUCUAGUAACCUCUGUGUCCAAGAAGACUAACGACGAUGGAGGGCAGGACAGUACGGGCUUGUCUGGAAGGAGACGGGCAGUCCUGAGCAUGCUAUUGGUUGUGCUGGCCAUCUGUCUGCUGGUUCUGCUACUGCACAAACGAGAGCGGAGGGAGCUGGUGAUGCAGAAAAUCACUGGAUGUUGUAGGAGAGGAAAUCCUGUCUCUUAUAAAUACUCAAAGGUGAACAUGGAUGAUGAGGGAGGGGAGGAUGAGAUGGAGUGGCUGAUGGAGGAGAUUGAGGCCCCAGCCAUGUCCUCCCGCCUGGGGAAGGAGCACCAGGAGAACGGCCACAUCACCACCAAGCCCGUCAAUGCCGCCGCCCUACGCUCCUUUUCCCUGGAAGAGCAGGAGGACAGCGAGGAGGAGGUCUUGUCCGUCCCCGGGGUUUGCGUCCUCGGUGGCCGGACCACCCUGCGGCCCUCAGGAUCCAGGACCCGAUCCUCGGGGCCCCUCCGCAGCGCCCUGUUGGAGGAAGAGAGUGACGAGGACCUGGUGGGGCUCCUGGGGGAUAGGGACAGGAGGGGUAUGGCCAAGCCUCGCCGUGACAACAGACCCCCCCACAGGAAACAACAAAACCCCCAGGAUGACAGCGAUGAGGACCUGCUGACAGUGUGAGGGACUCUCCAUCCUCCCCCUGUCCACCUAAACUAUUAUCCCUCUUCUCUCCUCUUCUCUCCUCUCUCUUUGAAUGUCUCCACACAACGAUGACAACGCAAGGGAGCAGAAACCCUUAGAGGCUUGUUUUUUUUCUAAGGGAAACGAUGCAGAAUGUCUGUUUGGCUGUUUUACAGUUUUAAAGAGCAGAUUUGUUUUUGUCCCCUCUUCGAAAGAAAGUUGAUGCCUUCCUGAUGACAAAUGGUGUUUUCAUCAAAUAAUUGUUUUUGGACCAUUUUGAUUUAGUUAAUGUACAUAGGUAAUGUUAUACAGUGCCUUCAGAAAGUAUUCAUGCCCCUUGACUUAUUCCACAUUGUGUUGUUACAGCCUGAAUUCAAAAUGGAUUAAAAACACACAAUACCCCAUAAUGAUCAAGUGAAAACAUGUUUUUCGAAAUUUUAGCACAUUUUUGGAAAAUGAAAUGCAUACUGUAAUUGGACAGAGAAAUGUGCAAUACGGAGUUUUAUUGGACAAAUUUAAAAAGAUUGUUUCGGCCUUCAAUGGCCUUCUUCAGAAGAAUCACAAAGGGAAUGUAAUAUGGAAAAUUAAAUACAGAAAUAUACAAUUUCCAUAAGUAUUCACCCCAGGUUUUCCUCUAGGAUUUUGCCUGUACUUAGCUCCAUUUAUUUGUAUCCUAAAAACCUCCAUAGUCCUUGCCGAUGAUAAGCAUACCCAUAACAUGAUGCAGCCACCACCAGGCUUGAAAAUGUGAAGUGGUACUCCCUGAUGUGUUGGAUUUGCCACAAGAAUAACGCUUUGUAUUUAGGACAUAAAGUACAUUUCUUUGCCACAUUCUUCCCGUUUUACUUUAGUGCCUUAUUG